GUCCCGUGUGCACUGACAACGAGGAGCCUCCAUUGCCGUUAACGUUGUCCGUCCAUCCGCGCAAGAAUUGGCUGCACAUAAAAAUAAUCAUCAUAAUUACGGGAAGUCACGAAAAAAACAGAAUCAUUGAAGGGAGAUUCCUAUCCGAGGACAGAUACAUUUGACCAACGGUUAUCACCGCUUAUGCAUUUGUAAGGUGGUGUUUUGAAAUAGUUGAAGAAAAAAAACACUCCGAUUGUUAUCAACUCGAGAAACUGUGACGUUCCGUGGGCGAGCUCAUUGGGUAGGAGAACAAUUGUGAAGUCAAAUAAAGUGAGGUGUCUUGUAGUGGCUGAUAAGAGCGAAAGCAGAUCGGAGUGUGUUGAAAUAUUUGCCGAGCUAAUUGUUCCCCACAGCUCGGAGGGUUCCAGUUCUAGUGUAAAAACGUGUGUGACCAUAAAAGAUCCAAGGAAAGGUAUUUGCGAAAUUAUAUAAUCUCAAGGUUUCCAAGGGCUAGCGCAAAAUGGGAACUUCAUACAAAAUCGGUAUGGACGAACUGUCUGGAAAGUCCAGCAACAUUUGGAAGGCAGUGCUGGCGGAAUUUGUCGGCAUUUUCAUAUUAAACUUUUUCGGCUGUGCGGCGUGCACUCAUGCGGCAGGCGAUAAAACGCUCAUCUCACUCGCCUUCGGACUCAGCGUGUUUAUGGUCGUAAUGUCCAUAGGACACAUCAGUGGAGGUCACAUCAACCCAGCGGUAACUGCAGGUCUUUUGGCAGCUGGCAAAGUGAGUUUCAUCCGGGCUGGCCUGUACGUGAUUUCGCAAUGUGCCGGCGCUGUAGCAGGAACCGCCGCUUUGAAGGCACUUCUGCCGGAAGCGUACCAGAAUGGUCUCGGCAAUACUGGAUUGAAAGAAAACGUUCAAGAUAUGCAAGGUUUGGGUAUUGAAUUCUUCCUUGGCUUUCUUCUGGUGCUCUGCGUUUUCGGAGUGUGCGAUGAGAAUAAACCAGACUCCCGCUUCGUUGCUCCGCUUGCUAUCGGAUUAACUGUUACGUUGGGUCAUCUCGGUGUUGUUGAAUAUACCGGUGCCAGCAUGAAUCCUGCACGUUCCUUCGGAACAUCCUUCAUCAAUGACAAUUGGGCCAACCACUGGAUUUACUGGGCUGGUCCAAUUCUCGGUGGCAUUUGUGCGGCACUACUCUACUGUCAAGUAUUUAAAGCUCCACGGUCGGAAGAGCUAACUGCUCCUGAACGCUAUCGAGUCGCUGCAGACGAAAAAGAGGCCCUCAGAACCCACCUUAAGUUGAAAUAUAUUGACGAAGAAGUGUGACAGCUUAAAAGGUUGGACGGGAUGGCUUAAACUGAACGCCCGAAAACUGGAAUAUGUGUUAAAUAUUCAUUGAUCGAAUAUUUCUAUAAUAGAUUUUCAUAUUUAAACUAGAAUAUUAAGUUCACAAUCAUGAGAUUUUCUUAUGAUAUUUUAUUAAACGUAAUGUAUUCUGAAGUAUGCCAUGAAGUGUUUCUCAAAUCUAAAAAUUGUGCCACGAAUAAAUAAC